GGGUAUUUUGAUAAUCACCGAGGAACUGAUAUGGCGAGUACGAGCGGAGGAAGAGGCGAGGAUGGGAGGCCGCCGCAGAUGCAACCUGUUCGGUCUCUGUCUCGGAGGAUGACGAGAGCUGGGACGAUGAUGAUCGAUCAUCCUAACGAAGACGAGAGCGCCAUUGACAGCGAGCUCGUGCCUUCUUCUCUCGCUGCUAUUGCUCCCGUUCUUCGUGUAGCUAACGACAUCGAACCCGAUAACGCAAGAGUUGCUUACCUCUGUCGCUUCCACGCAUUUGAGAAGGCUCAUAGAAUGGAUCCAACAUCAAGUGGACGAGGCGUACGUCAAUUCAAAACCUACCUAUUGCACAAAUUAGAAAAGGAGGAAGAGGUUACACAACCCAUGUCGAUCAACAGUCCCCCGAAAGAAAUUCAGAUGUACUAUCAGAAGUUCUAUGAGGAUAACAUACAAGAUGGAGAAGGGAAAAAGACACCGGAGGAGAUGGCCAAGCUUUACCAGAUAGCGACUGUCUUGUAUGAUACCCGAAGGUAUGCUCAAGAAAUUGAAAGAAAGAAGGAACAGUAUGAGCACUACAACAUUCUUCCUCUGUACGCUGUAGGAGCUAAAACCGCAAUAAUGGAACUCCCUGAGAUCAAGGUGGCGAUUCGUGCCGUCUGUAAUGUGCAAAAUCUUCCUCGGCCGAGAUUUCAUUCAGCCUCGACUAAUCCAGACCAAGUGGAAAGGGAAAGAGCCCGUUCUUUUAAUGAUAUUCUCGAGUGGCUUGCUUUGGUUUUUGGUUUUCAGAGAGGGAAUGUAGCUAACCAGAGGGAGCAUCUCAUACUCCUACUCGCCAACGUUGAUGUGAGAAAGAGGAAUCUCGAGAAUUAUGACGAGCUAAAGCCUAGCACCGUGAGGAAGUUGAUGGACAAGUAUUUCAAAAAUUACAGGUCAUGGUGCAAGUAUUUGCGGUGUGAUUCAUAUCUCAGGUUUCCUCCAGGCUGCGAUGAACAACAGCUAAGCCUUCUUUACAUUGGCCUUUAUCUUCUCAUAUGGGGUGAAGCAUCGAAUGUUCGCUUCAUGCCUGAAUGUCUUUGCUACAUAUUCCACAACAUGGCCAAUGACGUACAUGGAAUACUGUUUGGCAAUGUGUACCCUGUGACUGGGGACACAUAUGAGGCAGGUGCACCUGGUGAAGAGGCAUUCUUAAGGAAUGUUAUAACACCAAUCUACCAAGUCUUACGCAAGGAAGUCAGGAGGAACAAAAUGGGAAAGGCAAGCCAUUCAAAAUGGAGAAACUAUGAUGAUCUGAAUGAGUACUUUUGGGAUAAGAGGUGCUUCAGGCUGAAAUGGCCAAUGAACUUUAAGGCAGAUUUCUUCAUCCACUCUGAUGAGAUCUCACAAGUUCCCAAUGAGAGACAUGACCAAGUCUCCCAUGGCAAAAGGAAACCCAAAACUAAUUUUGUUGAAGCUCGCACGUUUUGGAACCUCUAUCGAAGUUUCGACCGGAUGUGGAUGUUCCUUGUCUUGUCUCUACAGACUAUGAUAAUAGUUGCAUGGAGCCCUUCAGGAUCUAUUUUUGCCAUUUUUUCUGAGGACGUUUUUAAAAAUGUCUUGACCAUUUUCAUCACUUCAGCUUUUCUUAACCUUCUACAAGCGACGUUGGAUGUGAUUCUUAGUUUUGGUGCUUGGAAGAGCCUAAAGUUUUCUCAAAUUCUGCGGUACAUCACAAAGUUUGUAAUGGCAGCAAUGUGGGCCAUCGUGUUGCCAAUAACUUACUCGAAGUCGGUGCAGAAUCCAACCGGACUAAUAAAGUUCUUCAGCAGCUGGGUUGGGAGCUGGCUUGAGCAAACGUUAUACAACUAUGCCAUUGCAUUAUAUGUCUUACCAAAUAUAUUGGCUGCUGUGUUUUUCUUGAUUCCACCUAUACGGAGAAUCAUGGAGCGAUCAAAUAUGCGGAUUGUCACACUUAUCAUGUGGUGGGCUCAGCCAAAAUUGUAUGUUGGCAGAGGAAUGCAUGAAGAGAUGUUUGCACUUUUCAAGUAUACAUUCUUUUGGGUCAUGCUGUUACUUAGCAAGCUCGCAUUCAGCUACUAUGUGGAGAUAUUACCACUUGUCAAACCAACGAAGUUAAUAUGGGAUAUGCCUGUCGUAAAUUAUAAGUGGCAUGAGUUCUUUCCAAAUGCCACUCAUAACAUUGGUGUAAUCAUCUCCAUAUGGGGUCCCAUUGUCUUGGUUUAUUUUAUGGAUACGCAAAUAUGGUAUGCCAUAUUCUCCACUCUGUUUGGUGGGAUUUAUGGAGCUUUCAGCCAUCUUGGGGAGAUACGAACACUUGGAAUGUUGCGGUCCAGAUUUAGAUUUGUUCCUUCCGCUUUCUGUUCUAAACUUACACCAUUACCUCAAGGCCAUGCAAGGAGAAAGGCCUUGGACGAAACAGUGGACGAAAAUGACAUUGCGAGGUUCUCACAGAUGUGGAAUAAGUUCAUAUAUACUAUGCGGGAUGAGGAUCUGAUCAGCGACAGGGAAAGAGAUUUGCUACUUGUACCUUCGUCUUCUGGAGAUGUUUCUGUUGUACAAUGGCCUCCUUUCUUGCUUGCUAGCAAAAUUCCCAUAGCAUUAGACAUGGCUAAAGAUUUCAAGGGCAAGGAGGACGCUGACUUAUUCAAGAAGAUUAAAAGUGAAUACUAUAUGCAUUAUGCAGUGGUUGAAGCUUAUGAAGCGGUGAGAGACGUGAUAUAUGGUCUUCUUGAAGAUGAAUCUGAUAAAAGGAUUGUAAGAGAGAUUUGCUAUGAGAUUGAUGUUAGCAUCCAACAACAUAGAUUUUUAAGUGAAUUCCGGAUGUCUGGUAUGCCUUUGCUCAGUGAUAAGCUAGAGAAGUUCUUAAGAAUCCUGCUAAUUGAUUAUGAGGAAGAUGACACUUACAAGUCUCAGAUCAUCAAUGUUCUUCAAGAUAUUAUUGAAAUCAUCACGCAGGAUGUUAUGGUUAACGGCCACGAAAUCCUUGAGAGGGCUCAUUAUCAGAGUGGUGAUAUUGAAAGCGACAAGAAAGAACAAAGGUUUGAAAAGAUAAAUCUUAGUUUGACUCAGAACGUAUCUUGGAGGGAAAAGGUUGUAAGACUUUUGUUACUUGUGACUGUUAAAGAAUCUGCAAUAAAUAUCCCUCAAAAUUUGGAAGCUCGUCGUCGUAUGACAUUCUUUGCAAAUUCUCUGUUCAUGAAUAUGCCGGAUGCUCCUCGAGUUCGUGACAUGCUAUCAUUUAGUGUCUUGACUCCUUAUUACAAAGAAGAUGUUCUGUAUUCGGAGGACGAACUGAACAAAGAAAACGAAGAUGGCAUCACUAUUUUGUUCUACCUGCAGAGAAUUUAUCCAGAGGAAUGGUCGAACUAUUCCGAACGUGUGAAUGAUGCGAAACGGAAUUUUUCUGAUAAAGACAAGGCAGAGCAACUACGUCAAUGGGUAUCUUAUAGAGGCCAGACCCUUUCAAGGACAGUUAGGGGAAUGAUGUACUACAGAAUGGCUCUCGAACUUCAAUGUUUCCAGGAAUACACUGCAGAAAACGAUACACAUGGUGGCUACCAUCCCUCAGAGUCAAAUGAAGAUGAUCGAAAGGCUUUUCUUGACCGCGCACGAGCUCUUGCAGAUCUGAAAUUCACAUAUGUCGUGUCAUGUCAGGUCUAUGGGAACCAGAAAAAGUCUAGUGAUAGCCGAGAUCGAAGUUGUUACAAUAAUAUUUUACAGCUCAUGCUCAAGUAUCCAUCCUUGCGUGUUGCCUAUAUAGAUGAGAGGGAGGAGACAGUUAAUGGAAAAUCACAGAAAGUAUUCUACUCCGUGCUGCUCAAAGGCUGUGACAAAUUAGAUGAGGAAAUAUAUCGAAUCAAACUUCCAGGCAAUCCUACUGAAAUUGGGGAAGGAAAACCGGAGAAUCAAAACCAUGCCAUAGUUUUCACUCGCGGUGAAGCACUUCAGACCAUAGACAUGAACCAGGACAACUACUUUGAAGAGUCUUUCAAAAUGAGAAAUGUGCUACAAGAAUUCGAUGAAGGUCGACGUGGCAAGAGGAAUCCUACAAUUUUGGGUCUUCGUGAACACAUCUUUACUGGAAGUGUUUCAUCACUUGCUUGGUUCAUGUCAAAUCAAGAAACAAGUUUCGUUACCAUUGGCCAACGUGUUCUAGCAAAUCCUCUGAGGGUGCGUUUCCAUUAUGGGCAUCCUGAUAUAUUUGAUAGAAUCUUCCACAUCACAAGGGGAGGCAUUAGCAAGGCUUCAAAGAUCAUAAACUUAAGCGAAGAUAUUUUUGCAGGUUACAAUUCAACUCUUCGUGGGGGUUACAUCACACAUCAUGAGUAUAUCCAAGCAGGGAAAGGGCGUGAUGUAGGGAUGAACCAGAUUUCGUUUUUUGAAGCCAAAGUUGCGAAUGGUAAUGGAGAACAAACUCUAAGCCGUGACGUUUACAGACUUGGACGCCGCUUUGAUUUUUACAGGAUGCUCUCAUUCUACUUCACCACUGUUGGUUUCUAUUUCAGUAGCAUGAUAACGGUUCUCACAGUAUAUGUGUUCCUGUAUGGGCGUCUCUAUCUGGUGUUGAGCGGUUUGGAAAAAGAGAUCUUGCAAAGUGCAACUGUACAUCAGUCCAAAGCCCUUGAGGAGGCAUUAGCAGCACAAUCUGUUUUCCAGUUAGGUUUUCUGAUGGUUCUACCAAUGGUUAUGGAAAUUGGGCUAGAGAAAGGGUUCCGCACGGCCUUGGGUGAUUUCAUCAUAAUGCAGCUUCAGCUUGCCUCUGUCUUCUUCACGUUUCAGCUUGGAACCAAAGCUCAUUACUUUGGGAGGACGAUUCUGCAUGGAGGCUCCAAGUACAGAGCAACCGGUCGAGGAUUUGUUGUCUUCCACGCCAAGUUUGCGGAAAACUACAGACUAUACUCGCGAAGCCACUUUGUUAAGGGACUGGAGCUGGUGAUACUGCUAGUAGUGUAUCAAGUUUAUGGAAGCUCGUACCGUAGCUCAAGUCUUUACAUAUACAUUACGUUUUCGAUGUGGUUCCUGGUGACUUCUUGGUUGUUUGCUCCAUUCAUAUUCAACCCAUCAGGGUUUGAGUGGCAAAAGACAGUGGACGACUGGACUGACUGGAAAAGAUGGAUGGGAAACCGCGGUGGCAUAGGAAUCGUGCUUGACAAAAGCUGGGAAUCAUGGUGGGAUACAGAGCAAGAGCACCUCAAGCACACUAAUUUGAGAGGAAGGGUUCUCGAGAUACUUCUCGCACUGCGUUUCCUCCUUUACCAGUAUGGGAUUGUCUACCACCUCAACAUCUCUCAUCGCGACACAACACUUCUGGUUUAUGGACUCUCUUGGGCAGUCUUGUUGUCAGUGCUCCUCGUCCUAAAGAUGGUAUCGAUGGGUAGACGGAGAUUCGGAACAGAUUUUCAGGUUAUGUUCAGGAUUCUCAAGGCGCUUCUCUUCCUCGGUUUCUUGUCAAUCAUGACUGUACUGUUUGUAGUGUGCGGCCUCACCAUCUCAGAUCUAUGUGCUUCCAUCCUCGCUUUCUUGCCUACCGGCUGGGCCAUUCUUCUUAUCGGGCAAGCGCUGCGAAGCGUGCUAAAGGGAUUAGGAUUCUGGGACUCGAUUAAAGAGCUAGGGAGAGCGUACGAGUACAUAAUGGGGCUUUUGAUAUUCACACCCAUUGCGGUCUUGUCGUGGUUCCCAUUCGUGUCGGAGUUCCAAACCAGACUGCUGUUUAAUCAAGCCUUCAGUCGCGGUCUCCAGAUCUCUAUGAUCCUCGCCGGAAAGAAAGACAAAGAGGCUCCUUCCACCUACAAGCUGUGACUCAACCGCCUUUCUUUCUUCUUUAUUCUUUCAUCUUCAUUCUUUUUCUGCCGUAGCUGCUGUUUUAAUUGAUUCAAUCUUUGACAUCGUAGAAAAAAUGUUUAGAGCCAUUACUCAUACUUGUAUGGUGUUUUUCAGACUAGGCCAUUUGUGUCUUUUGUACUCUUUUUCUUAACAAACAGUAAUACAGUAUACAGAAAAGCAUAAACUUUUCCA